UCGUCACCAGUUUGUGGCCUAUAUACUAGAGUGGGCAGAAAAAUAGUAUAUCGCUAUUUCUUUGUACCAAACUGAUUGAUUCUGAAAAAUCCCAAAACACAGAAGAAAAACAUUAUCGUAUCGGAUUGGAUCAAAAUUCCGACAUGGAAGUGCAGCUGCCGGGGUUCCGUUUCCACCCGACGGAAGAAGAGCUUCUGAAUUUCUAUCUGAGGAGUGCUGUGAAUGCCAAAAAGCCCCGCUCCGACAUCAUCGGAUUUCUCAACAUCUAUCAGCAUGAUCCUUGGGACCUCCCAGGGAAAGCGAGCGAAGGGCAGGGGGAGAGGGAAUGGUAUUUUUUUGUGGCGAGGGACAGGAAACACGGCGGGGGAAACGGGAAGGCGAACCGGACGACCGGAAACGGUUUCUGGAAAGCGACGGGUUCGGACCGGCCAAUUCGGAGCAAUUCGCCGUCGGAAGGGAGGAAAGUGUUGGGGAUGAAGAAGACUCUGGUGUUCUACCAAGGAAGAGCUCCAAGAGGGCGCAGAACUGAUUGGGUCAUGAAUGAGUUCAGACUCUCUGAUAAUACUACUUGCUCACUCAAGGAAGAUGUGGUACUGUGCAAAGUGUACAGAAAGGCAACCUCCUUCAAAGAGUUGGAACAAAAGUCCCUGAAGGAAGAACAAGGAUACGCAGUAGCCGCCUCCCCCACUCCCGCGUCAGGGGGGUAUGGGGUCCACCUAAAAGACUUUGAGUCAACGUUUUUCCACGUCCCGACAAUCUCGUCAGAUCAAGAAUCCAAUCACGACAAGGCCCAAAAGUUCUCUGCGCUGUACGCCAAACACGGUUUUGCGCAGCAGGAGGACGCGUUGUCAGAGGAAGUGGACUCGCUGGGAAACCUAUUUCAGGUCCGGGACAAUUGGAGCCUGUAUGCCAUGUACUAAGAUUCCGAUCCUCGUACUCACUAAUUUUCAUAAAGCUGUUGGGUGGACGGACUUUGAUUGUUUGCUACGCCCAGGCUAAACCAAUUGUUGUUAGAUUAGGUGCUGUCAAAUUGGGUGGGGUAGUUAAAGCACAUAAUCUGUACAGCAUUUGUGUUAAUUAUGGAGGUUGGGGUGUAAUUUAGUGAUAAAUUAUAUCUUGAUCUAUUUAGGAGGUUUAAAUUUAAAUUGCGUUUUAAUAAAAAAAAAUGUUGUGUUCAGUCGUCUAGUAGUCUGUAAUAUAGGUUACAUAGUACGUUUCCUUCUAGCCUAAUCAAGUUGAGGGAAAUGAUCUGUUUAUUGUCUCAAUUGCCAAGCUAUAUUAACCAGUUGUCCCCCUUUUAAAA